AUGCGUUACUCCGUCGUCUCGCUCUUUGCUCUCUCGGCUGCCGCCGUUGCUCAGAACUCUGUCAGCGCUUCGCCCUCUGCGAGCCUGAGCACCCCCAUCUUCAUCCCCACAGAUCUCGCCUCCAGCUUGAUCCUCACCGACACGGGCAGCAUGACUAUUCUUCCCAUUCCCACCGUCACCCCCACCCCCUCUGGUCCUUCUGGCCCCGUUGGCACUGCUCCUGGUGGCACUGGCUCCAUGCCCGGUACCAACAGCACCAUGACCCGCUCCACCUCCAGCAGCUCGACCAGCCGUACCGUCAGCCGACCCUCCGGCACCUCCAGCAGUGCCUCCGGUACCUCUCGCCCUUCGAGCUCCGCUGGUCUGGCUCCCACCAACGCUCCUCAAGCCAUCGGCCUCGGCCUUGGUUUCGGUGCUCUCAUUGCUGCCUUCCUUUAA